CUAAAAAUGAAAGAGAAAGAAAUGAGAAUAAAAUUGCAAUUAAUCAAGAGAGGAAGAGGUUGAGCCCCAAUUCUGCAGUUAAUCACGAUGGACUCCACCCUAAUUCAAUCCCCCAACAACAAGACAUUCGCUUCCAAGCUCCCCAUCAAACGCAAAACCCCCGACCCAAUUCCUCCCAACACGCCGCCGUUCAAGUUCCACCGGAUAUGGACCGAAUCCGACGAGAUCCGAUUUCUCCAGGGCCUCUUGGACUGCUCCUCCCACAAUUUAGCCUUCCCGCGCGACUUGGGAAUCUUCUACACCCGCUUCUCCCACACCAUGUCGCAGCCCUACACCAAAUCGCAGCUCUCCGAGAAGCUCCGCCGCCUCCGCAAGAAGUUUCGGGUCAUCUCCACCCGCCUCUCCAAGGGCAUGGACCCAUCGCAGCUGUCCUUGCAUGAUCGCGCGCUCCACGACCUCUCCAAGCGCCUCUGGCACCCGGAAUUCGCCGCGAUCUCGCCCUUCAGCGGCGCCAGGAAUGUGGGAUUGAAUCACGGCAGCAAUGCCGGUGACGACGGCGACGGGAAUUUGAAAAAAUCGAGUCUUGUUGGAAUCAAGGUCGAUUUCUCGCCUACGUUGCCGGUGAUGGAGAAUUUUGGGAAUUCGGAAUCAAAUUGUGGCAAUGAGGGAAGUGAUGAUCACGAUGAUGAGGUUAAAUUGAGUGAGGUGAAUGUGGAGUUUGAAGGGAAAGAGGCAAUUGCGGAGGAUGAGGAAUUAGAGGAUGCAGAGGUGGAGGUGGAGGCUAGGCAGAAUGUGGAUUUCAGAGGUGAGAAUGAAAUUGGGGAGGUGGCGGCUAAGGUGGUGAUGAACGUGUUUGAUGAGUGUUUCAAGGAGGUGAGGAGGGUGAUCGGUGGUGGAAUGGGCUCACAGAGCUUCCAUGCUCGGUGGCGGGAUCAGCGGAUUGCUGAACUCGAUGUGUUACGGAGCAGAUUGAGGUUGGUCCUCGAGGACUCUCUUUCAAAAAAAAAUUGAGGGAACUAGGAAAGUAUGGCUACUAAUUUCAAGGGGUAGGAAAAGUUGAUUAUAUAAAAGAAAGCCCUCCUUUUUGUGCUUCAUUAGUAGGUUCAUCUCUCUCAAUAUUAGUUAACUUGAGAUACCUGUAAAUUUAUCUGGUAGUAUAAACAAGUCUUUGCUUAUAUUCUUGGUCUUUUUUG